UGGUAUUAGGUAUUGCCAUGGUGCGGUUUUAUAUACAGAAAGGAACACAUAGAGGCUUAUUCAGAAGCGUUCAAAAGACGCUUAAAUUUUUCCAGACAUUUGCUUUGCUUGAGGUAGUCCACUGUGCAGUUGGAAUAGUUCGCACAUCCGUGCUUGUGACUGGGGUCCAAGUGAGUUCAAGAAUCUUCAUGGUGUGGUUCAUUGCACAUAGCAUAAAACAGAUCCAGAAUGAGGAGAGCGUAAUUCUUUUUCUGGUCGUAUGGACUGUGACAGAGAUUACUCGAUAUUCCUUCUACACAUUCAACCUGCUCAACCAUUUGCCAUACUUCAUUAAAUGGGCCAGAUACAACUUUUUUAUCAUUUUGUACCCUGCUGGAGUUGCAGGUGAACUGCUAACCAUAUAUGCUGCUUUACCCUAUGUGAAGAAAACAGGAAUGUUUUCACUGAGACUUCCCAACAAAUAUAAUGUCUCCUUUGACUACUAUUACUUCCUUAUUAUUGUCAUGUUCUCCUAUGUGCCAUUAUUUCCACAACUCUACUUCCACAUGCUGCGGCAGAGAAGAAGGGUGCUUCAUGGAGAAGUGAUUGUGGAAAAGGACGAUUGAAUCAAGCUGUGUAACUAUGGUGCUUUAAUGGAAAAAAAGAGAGUAAAAAAACCAAAACUUCCUGUGAUUUUUCUGAGUCCAAGUUUCAAAACAUGGAACAAGAAUAAACAACUGUGCAU